AUGCACUUCAUCUGAUAUUGAUAGUCUAUUGAACAAGGCCUGAUUGUCACCCUUUAUCUGUCUCAGAAUGGAUUACCUGGUGUCUUUGCUUCCUGCGAGAGCUCCAAGCCAACCUGAGCUGGCUCAGAAGAAACCUCCGAACCCACUAUCAUAUCCUAAGAGCUCAGAGAGAUUCAGCUAUGAAUUAUUUAAAACUCCAACUUCGGAAUACCGAGGUGCCCCCUUCUGGGCAUGGAAUACGAAGCUUGAUAAAGAGCAAUUGCUUCGACAAAUUGAUAACUUCAAAGACAUGGGGAUGGGGGGUUUUCAUGCACAUGUUCGGACCGGUCUUGACACCGAAUAUAUGGGCAGUGAAUUCAUGGACAUGAUCAGUGCUUGCGUUGAGCAUGCUGAAAAGCAAGAAAUGCUUGCCUGCCUUUAUGACGAUGACCGUUGGCCUUCGGGUGCUGCUGGAGGAAAAGUUAUCGAGCAAGACCCGAACAACAAAGGAAAACACAUUUUAUUUACUCCUCAUCUAUAUGGAACAAUACCUCUCGGAGGUGAUCGGACCUCGUCAUCAGCCAGAGCUUGUCGUAGUGAAAAUGGCAAGCUUUUGGCAUCCUACGAUGUAGAGUUGGACGACAACGGGUGUCUGAAGUCGUACCGAGCCCUCAAGAAAGGCGAAUCUGGAAAGAAUGUCUGGUAUGCGUACAUGGAAACGAAUCCAAGCUCACCUUGGUUCAAUGAUCAGACAUAUGUCGACAGUCUAAGCCCAGCAGCAAUUGCCACCUUCAUAGAGACUACCCACGAAGUGUAUAAGUCCAAGGUAGGAGACAAGUUUGGAACCGUUAUUCCCUGCAUAUUUACCGAUGAGCCACAAUUCGCAACCAAGACUCAGCUCUCAAAUCCCAAAUCAGGGGAUGAUGUUUUCCUUCCAUGGACAACAGAUAUUCCCGAAACGUUCAAGGAAGAGUACUCGGCUGAUCUGGUCAAAGGCCUACCAGAAGUCAUUUGGAAUCUGCCAAAUGGUAGACCUAGCUUGACACGAUAUCGCUACCAUGAUCAUGUUUGCGAACGAUUUGUGUCAGCGUUCAUGGAUCAGUUAUCUCAAUGGGCCAGGAAAAAUAAUCUCAUGCUGGACGGCCACAUGAUGGAGGAACCGACGUUGCACUCGCAAACCACGGCACUUGGCGAAGCAAUGCGAUGUUACCGAAAUAUGGACAUGCCAGGCAUGGAUCUGCUAGUCGAUUGGAUUGAGUACAACACUGCGAAGCAAGUCUCAAGUGUAUCUCGACAAAAUGGUACUAAAGGCUCUAUGAGUGAAUUAUAUGGUGUCACACAUUGGACAUUUACUUUCGAAGGUCACAAAGGCUGCGGCGAUUGGCAAGCCGCUCUUGGAAUAACAUUUCGAGUCCAUCAUCUCUGCUGGGUGAGCAUGGCCGGUGAAGGCAAGAGAGAUUACCCUGCUUGUAUAGGGUACCAGAGUCCUUGGUAUGAAGAAUACGGAUAUAUCGAAACUCAUUUCGCUCGAGUUGGUGUUGCCAUGACUCGAGGAAAACCUGUCACCAGAGUCGGAGUCAUUCAUCCGAUAGAGAGCUACUGGCUGGCGUUUGGACCCAAUGGAAGUGGAGAUGAGCUAGGACGCCGUGAUCAAGCAUUCGGAGAUUUGACAAACUGGCUACUCCAUGCUUUGAUUGACUUCGACUUUAUCUCUGAGAGUCUUCUACCAAAUCAGUCGCCUCGCAAACCGCACGGAAAAUACUUGCAAGUCGGACAUUGCCAGUACGACGUAGUCAUUGUACCCAAUCUUCGUACAAUCCGUUUUACUACCCUCAAAGUUCUCAGAGAUUUGGCGAAGAGAGGUGGAAAAGUAAUUAUUGCCGGAUCAGCGCCAGACCUCAUUGACGCACAGGUCCCCAGUUCUCCUCCAUUUAUUGACAACAGUACUAGUGUGUAUUGGAGCGAACAGGCCAUUCUUGGUGCCCUCGAGCAACACCGAGAGAUUAAGAUCACAGAUGUUCAGGGAAAUCGUGCUGAGACGCUUCUCCACCAGAUCCGGCAAGACGGCGAUGAGCGUUUCAUAUUUAUCUGCAACACGGAUCGAAAUAACGCUCACCAGACAACUGUUCAGUUGAAAGGUACCUGGAAAGUGGAGAAGUUAGACACACUGUCCGGCAACGAGAGCCUAGUUCACAGCUCGUACAAAGGUGGCUGGACAUCUUUUCCAUAUCGUUUUGAAGGCUGUGCGAGCCUACUACUUCGGCUGUACCCCUCGAAAGGUGACCUUUUGGCACUCAUCAAAUUCCCUAGUGAUAGAUUGGAUGUCGUUCGGACGACCGUUCUAGUGUCAUUAGAUAGCAUGACGCUCUCCGAACCCAAUGUCUUAAUGCUCGAUUAUGCCCAGUUCAAGCUCAACAACGACGGUUGGUCGUCACCUACGGAAGUCCUUCGGAUCGACAACAUCCUUCGCUCCCGCUUGAACAUUCCACGAAAAGGAGCAGCAUGGAAACAGCCCUGGGCUGUCCCAGCUUCUGAACGCAAGCCCCUCGGAAGUGUGAAGCUGAUGUUCAAGUUCCACUCGGAUCUCACCUUGAAAGAGACUACAAAGCUUGCCCUGGAAGACCCUGAAACGAUGGACAUCACUGUAAACGGUCUUUCUAUCCCUCACCCGGGUGCUGAUUCUCCCAUCGAUAAGACAGAGAACUACUGGGUUGACGAAAGUAUCCGAACCAUCGAUCUCCCUCCUCAAAUCAUCACCAAAGGGGAGAAUUCCAUCGAACUCUCAUUCCCGUUCGGCAUCCUCACCAACAUCGAGCGUGUAUAUCUCCUUGGGGAUUUUGGUGUAGAUCUCAAAGGCCCAAGCGGCCGACCAAGUCUCACUCCCCUCAAGAAAUCGACACUAUCAUGGGGCGACAUCACAACGCAGCUUCUACCCUUCUACGUCGGGAACGUCACCUAUAACUGUAGUAUCAACAUCCCUACAUCACCCACAGGAGAGACAGCAAAAUCAACCACCACGCUCCAUGUCCCACCCUUCUCCUCCCCAGUCCUCACAGUCCACACCUCUGCCAACCAGAAACUCGGCGCCAUAGCCUUGCAACCUCACACUCUCGACCUCGGCCACUUACCAUCUGGGCAGUCAAACAUCCAAAUCACCGCUUUUGGAAACAGGUACAAUUGCUUCGGCCACAUCCAUCUCAGAGACGGGAUCACGAACCAGUGCUGGCCUGAUAUUUGGCGGACGGAAGGAGAUUGGUGGACGGACGAUUAUAGUGUGCGCCCGAUUGGGGUUUUGACUCCUCCGGAGAUUAUUGUUGAGAUGCAGGUAGAGGAUACAUCAGCAUCCUCUGGCAAGAAUCUUGGAGUAGAAGAGGAGCGAAGUAGAAAGAGCUCUGAUAGCUGGUUUGUGAUUGGUGGUUCAUAGCUCUGGGUUGGGGAUGGAGAACCUCUCGAAGGUUUCAGAUCAAGAGUCUGGGACUUUGGGAUCAUUAUAAAUGUUGCAUGUAGUGAUUAGCCUGCCUCAAUCAUCGGACUCCUCGUCGUUUGUGGGUGUUCACCUUUUCUCAAAUCAUGCUUAAAAGACAACGUUCAUAUAACACACGAAUGUCACGAAGCAACGGAUCAAGUAUUCCAG